GGGAAGGCAGCCGGUUCCACCGCCCGUCCCGGCCGGCUCGUUCCGGCUGUCUCUGCGAUCCCACCCUGCCAUCAGCCUCAACUUGCAGGAAGCGUGCUGCUUCCCUUCGCCCACCUGCCAGCCCAGCCGGGAGAGCCGCUCGGAGACGCCUCAGGUGCUCAGGCUGGACAUGAGCAGCAGCUGCCGGUCCUGGGACUAGGCCCCGCCAUUUUGGAUCCGCUGACAGGUUUGCCAGGAUGGUGGAUAAGAAUAUUUACAUCAUUCAAGGGGAGAUUAACAUUGUGGUUGGGGCCAUCAAGCGAAAUGCCCGAUGGAGCACUCAUACCCCACUGGAUGAAGAACGGGAUCCUCUGCUGCAUAGUUUUAGUCAUCUAAAGGAAGUUUUAAACAAUAUAACAGAACUCUCAGAAAUUGAGCCCAAUGUGUUCCUUCGUCCAUUCCUGGAAGUGAUUCGCUCUGAAGAUACCACUGGCCCUAUCACUGGACUGGCGCUCACCUCUGUCAACAAGUUCCUGUCCUAUGCACUCAUAGAUCCCAUUCAUGAGGGCACAGCAGAGGGCAUGGAGAACAUGGCAGAUGCUGUCACCCACGCCCGCUUUGUGGGCACAGAUCCCGCCAGCGAUGAGGUUGUCUUGAUGAAAAUCCUCCAGGUUCUGCGGACUCUGCUACUGACUCCCGUGGGUGCCCACCUCACCAAUGAAUCUGUGUGUGAGAUUAUGCAGUCUUGUUUCCGGAUCUGCUUUGAAAUGAGACUCAGUGAGUUAUUGAGAAAAUCCGCAGAGCACACUCUGGUAGACAUGGUGCAGCUGCUCUUCACAAGGUUACCUCAAUUUAAAGAAGAACCGAAGAAUUAUGUGGGGACCAACAUGAAAAAGAUUUCUCCAUGUCUCCUCAACACACUGGAGCUAAGUAGUGGGGAGCAGCCCAAAGCCCUGAACCAGUUAGAGAGGGUACUACUCUUUAAGAACCUCAAGCUGAAAAUGAGAGCAGGAGGCAUGAGUGAUUCAUCCAAAUGGAAGAAACAGAAGAGAUCCCCCCGGCCCCCUCGUCAUAUGACCAAAGGCGCACCAGGUUCAGAGCUGCCCACCUCCAAUGGAAGCACCCUAUCUAACCUCACUGGUGGCAUGCCCUUCAUUGAUGUGCCUACCCCCAUCUCCUCGGCAAGUUCAGAAGCUGCCUCGGCAGUGGUCAGCCCUUCUACAGACAGUGGCCUGGAGUUCUCCUCCCAGACCACCUCCAAGGAGGACCUCACUGACCUGGAACAAGCUGUCUCUCCAGGCUACAGUGCAGCUGCAGAGCCUGUGAGCGGCGAGCUAGGGCUUCCUGAACAGCCUGAUCCCCAGGAAGGCGCCCAGGUGGAACAGGCCCAGUCUGCAUCUGUGGAAUCCAUCCCUGAGGUACUAGAGGAGUGCACUUCCCCUGCUGACCACUCCGACUCUGCCUCUGUCCAUGACAUGGAUUACGUCAAUCCUCGGGGCGUGAGGUUUACACAGUCCUCCCAGAAAGAAGGUACAGCUUUGGUACCCUAUGGUCUGCCCUGUAUCCGAGAGCUCUUCCGUUUCCUCAUCUCCCUCACCAACCCACAUGACCGUCACAACUCGGAGGUUAUGAUCCACAUGGGGCUGCAUUUGUUGACAGUGGCUCUUGAGUCAGCUCCGAUAGCCCAGUGCCAGACCCUCCUGGGCCUCAUCAAGGAUGAGAUGUGCCGCCACUUAUUCCAGUUACUCAGCGUGGAGCGACUGAACCUCUAUGCUGCUUCCCUGCGAGUAUGCUUCCUGCUGUUUGAGAGCAUGCGGGAGCACCUCAAGUUCCAGUUGGAGAUGUACAUCAGAAAGCUCAUGGAAAUCAUCACUGUGGAGAACCCCAAGAUGCCUUAUGAGAUGAAGGAGAUGGCACUGGAGGCCAUUGUGCAGCUCUGGCGGAUCCCUAGUUUUGUCACCGAGCUCUACAUCAACUAUGAUUGUGACUACUACUGUUCCAACCUGUUUGAAGACCUCACCAAGUUGCUGUCCAAGAAUGCCUUCCCUGUCUCUGGUCAGCUCUAUACAACACACCUGCUGUCUCUUGAUGCCCUGUUGACAGUGAUUGACAGCACUGAGGCCCACUGCCAGGCCAAAGGCCUCAACAACCUCACUCAACAGGAGAAAAAAGAGGCAGCCAGACCCAGCCAUGAAGCAGUAGAUGGUACCCGAGAAACCAGUAAUGCUGAGAGAACAGCCGGCAACAGGAAAGCUGUAGGCAUGGCCCCCGACAUCCCAGGUGGAGGGCAGCUGUCAGCAGAACAUGGGAAGCCAGGAUGCAGUGAUCUGGAGGAAGCUGGUGAUUCUGGGGCGGACCAAAAGUUUACCCGGAAGCCACCUCGAUUUUCCAGCUUUCUGCCUGAUCCACGGGAACUGGUUGAAAUAAAAAACAAAAAGAAGCUGCUGAUCACUGGCACCGAGCAGUUCAACCAGAAGCCAAGGAAAGGAAUCCAGUUUCUGCAGGAGAAAGGCCUCCUCACCAUCCCAAUGGACAACACAGAAGUAGCCCAGUGGCUCCGAGAAAACCCUCGCCUGGACAAGAAAAUGAUUGGGGAGUUUGUGAGUGACCGGAAGAACAUUGACCUGUUGGAGAGUUUUGUGAGCACCUUCAGCUUUCAGGGUCUGAGGCUGGAUGAAGCUCUCCGCCUCUACCUGGAAGCCUUCCGCCUGCCUGGGGAAGCACCAGUCAUCCAGCGGCUGCUAGAAGCAUUCACAGAGCAUUGGAGGAAUUGUAAUGGCUCCCCAUUUGCCAAUAGCGAUGCCUGCUUUGCCCUGGCCUAUGCUGUCAUCAUGCUUAAUACUGACCAACACAACCACAACGUUCGCAAACAAAAUGCACCUAUGACCUUGGAGGAGUUUCGGAAAAACCUAAAAGGUGUGAACGGAGGCAAGGACUUUGAGCAAGACAUCCUGGAGGACAUGUAUCAUGCCAUCAAGAAUGAGGAAAUUGUAAUGCCUGAGGAACAGACAGGUUUGGUGCGGGAGAACUAUGUGUGGAACGUGCUGCUCCACCGAGGUGCCACCCCUGAGGGCAUAUUCCUGUGUGUGCCUGCUGGCAGCUACGACCUUGACCUCUUCACCAUGACCUGGGGCCCCACCAUUGCUGCUCUUUCGUAUGUCUUUGACAAAAGCCUGGAGGAGACAAUCAUCCAGAAAUCCAUCUCAGGCUUCAGGAAAUGCGCCAUGAUCUCCGCCCACUAUGGCCUCAGCGAUGUGUUUGACAAUCUCAUCAUCUCACUGUGCAAAUUCACGGCUCUCAGCAGUGAGUCUAUUGAGAACCUGCCCAGUGUGUUUGGAAGCAAUCCCAAAGCCCACAUUGCAGCCAAGAUGGUUUUCCAUUUGGCCCAUUGUCAUGGCGACAUCCUGCGGGAGGGCUGGAAGAAUAUCAUGGAGGCCAUGCUGCAGCUGUUCCGAGCACAGCUGCUGCCCAAAGCUAUGGUGGAGGUAGAAGACUUCGUGGAUCCCAAUGGCAAGAUCUCUCUGCAGCGGGAAGAGACACCAUCAAACCGAGGAGAGUCAACAGUGCUGAGCUUUGUGAGCUGGCUGACACUGAGUGGUCCUGAGCAGUCUAGCAUGCGGGGCCCAUCCACUGAGAACCAAGAGGCCAAGAGAGUGGCCUUAGACUGUAUCAAGCAAUGUGAUCCAGAAAAGAUGAUCACAGAAAGUAAAUUCCUUCAGCUGGAGUCACUGCAGGAGCUCAUGAAGGCCCUAGUCUCCGUGACACCAGAUGAAGAGACAUAUGAUGAGGAGGAUGCUGCUUUCUGCCUGGAGAUGCUGCUGAGGAUUGUGCUGGAGAACAGGGACCGUGUGGGUUGUGUGUGGCAGACUGUCCGAGACCAUCUGUACCACCUGUGUGUCCAGGCACAGGAUUUCUGCUUCCUUGUUGAGCGGGCAGUGGUGGGACAGCUACGCCUGGCCAUUCGGCUGCUCCGACGAGAAGACAUCAGUGGCCAGGUUCUGCUCUCUCUGCGCAUUUUGCUGCUGAUGAAGCCCAGUGUGCUGUCCCGAGUCAGCCACCAGGUUGCCUAUGGGCUCCAUGAGCUGCUCAAGACGAACGCAGCCAACAUCCACUCGGGGGAAGACUGGGCCACCCUCUUCACAUUGCUGGAGUGCAUCGGCUCAGGGGUGAAGCCUCCAGCCGCCCUGCAGGCCACAGCCAGGGCGGCUGCACCUGAUGCUGGGGCCCAGUCAGACAGCGAGCUCCCAUCCUACCAUCCCAGUGACCUGAGCCUGGACCGAGGUUAUACUUCCGACUCGGAGGUCUACACUGACCACAGCAAGCCUGGCAAGAUACACCGCUCAGCCACAGAUGCUGACGUUGUCAACAGUGGUUGGUUGGUGGUGGGGAAGGAUGACAUCGAUAACUCCAAGCCAGGGCCUGGACUCAGCAGGCCAGCCUCUUCGUCCCUGGUCAACCAGUACAGCCUAACAGUGGGGCUGGACCUGGGGCCACAUGACACUAAGUCCCUGCUCAAGUGUGUGGAAUCACUGUCCUUCAUUGUGCGAGAUGCUGCCCACAUCACACCCGACAACUUUGAGCUCUGCGUCAAGACGCUCCGCAUCUUUGUGGAGGCCAGUCUGAACGGCGGGUGCAAGUCCCAGGAGAAACGGAGCAAAAGCCACAAAUACGACAGCAAAGGAAGCCGCUUCAAGAAGAAACCCAAGGAGGGUCCUGUGCUUCGGCGGCCUCGAGCCUCCAGCCAACACGCCCCUCGGGGCGUGCAUAGUGAUGACGACGAGGACGAAGGCGUGCCCGCCAGCUACCACACGGUGUCUUUACAGCUGUUAGACCUGAUGCACACCCUGCAUACGCGGGCCGCCUCCAUCUAUAGCUCCUGGGCAGAGGAGCAGCGCCACCUGGAAACAGGCAGCCGGAAGAUCGAAGCGGAUUCUUGCACGCUCUGGGCCCACUGCUGGUGCCCUUUGCUGCAGGGCAUUGCCUGCCUGUGCUGUGAUGCCCGGCGCCAGGUGCGAAUGCAGGCACUGACCUAUCUGCAGCGAGCACUCCUGGUCCACGAUCUGCAAAAGUUGGAUGCCCUGGAAUGGGAGUCCUGUUUCAACAAGGUGCUGUUUCCUCUACUGACCAAGCUCUUGGAGAACAUCAGCCCUGCAGAUGUGGGCGGAAUGGAGGAAACCCGGAUGAGGGCUUCCACACUACUCUCUAAGGUCUUCCUGCAGCACCUGUCUCCACUGCUGUCACUCUCUACCUUUGCGGCCCUCUGGCUGACCAUCCUGGACUUCAUGGACAAGUAUAUGCACGCAGGCUCCAGUGACUUGCUGUCAGAGGCCAUCCCAGAGUCUCUGAAGAACAUGCUCCUGGUGAUGGACACAGCAGAGAUCUUCCACAGCACAGAUGCACGCGGCGGUAGCCCUUCAGCCCUCUGGGAGAUCACGUGGGAGCGCAUUGACUGUUUCCUGCCCCACCUACGAGAUGAGCUCUUCAAGCAGACUGUUAUACAGGACCCUGUGCCUGUGGAACCUCAGGCCCACCCGAUUCCUGCUGCUGGGGACACCAGGACCUCUGGCCAUCCACCUCCCCCAGAGAUGCCCUCUGAGUUGGGAGCGUCUGACUCUGAGAAGCCGGAAAUCCCCCGAGCCACCAGUAACAGCUCCCCUGGCUCACCAGCAGCCUCUAGUCCCAGCAGGCUGAGCCCAACCCCAGAAGGACCCCCACCCCUGGCUCAGCCCCCGCUGAUCCUGCAGCCCUUGGCCUCCCCACUACAGGUGGGCGUGCCCCCCAUGACUCUGCCUAUCAUCCUCAACCCAGCGCUCAUUGAGGCCACCUCACCAGUGCCCCUUCUGGCCACACCCCGCCCCACAGACCCCAUGCCCACCCCCGAAGUCAACUAAGGCAGACAGCAAGACCAGGAUUUCCUACCCAGCUGUCCCCACACCCCCACCCUGAGCUGUCCCAGGAGCCACAAACUCUACUGGCUCAGCCUGCUGCUACUUGGAUGGGGGCCUGAGAAGGAAAGCUGACAGCCACUCCUGGGACCCACAAUCAGACUGCAGGACAUCCUUCCGCGUCUGCUGCCCCUUCCAAGGGGCCCGACCUGAGAGCACCCCCUCGGGUAUCAUCUGCAGCCUUUGCCACUAGCCUGGCAGCUCUGGGCAGGCAUCACUGUGCCAACCCUCUGGUGCCCAUGUGCCCCUCCUGCCCCAUCAAGGCAAUGAGAGCCACGCCCACCACUCAGCACUUUGUUACCUUCUCCCAUCAGCCCUGGGCCGCCACCUACAGUUUCUUUUCUUUUAUUAGUUAGCGGGUCAGUUUGGAGUGUUGACUGGCACCAUGGUGAGUGGACAGGUGGGGCUGGGCAGGGGACAGCCCACAGGAGCUUGUACAUAUGGACAAACAGGACAACUAUGGACUUUUUAUGAUGUAAUAAAGGUCUUAGUACCAAUACCA